AUGUGCAUGAUUAAAGUGCUCACAGCUGAAUAUUGCAUUUGAUUUCUGACACAUUUCCACCUUUGCUUUAUUCACACAGAGAUCAGUGAACAGACACGUGAGAACAUGAAGACUGUGAUUCUUGCUCUUUUGGUGUUGCUGGUUGUCAGCCAGGGUGAAGCCUUGAGGUGCUACUGUGGAGGUCGUACGCACUGUUCAGGCCGUGUACAGACCUGCUCUGGUUCAAAUCAAGUCUGUGCCAGAAUCACCUUUGUUUUUGAUAACAGCUACUUCCAGAGUUGCUACAAUGCAAGAGCCUGCAGGAGAGUGAUUAACACACGUGGAAUCUCCGGCAGAUGCUGCUCGUCUGAUCUGUGCAACUGAAAAAUGAACGUCAUGUGACACAUCUGUCAGUAAUAAUAAUCAUCUACAGUCAUGAGUUGUGUACGUUAAUGUUGUCAUAAUAAAGAUCAAUCAAGUUGCAA